AUGGCAACCGCCCUGUGGUGGACUGAUACGUCCAAGAGGAAUCGAUUCCUCAAAGAGUACCGGACGCAGGUGUCGUCAGGCGCGUCUACUAUCCUCGCGACAUUGAUAUCGACACCGCUGGAGAAUCUCAAAACUCGUAUGCAGACCGAAGGCCUUCGCGGGUAUACAGCUGGCGCGUUGCCACCGCUUGCAAGUGUCACUAUUGUGCGAGUUAUCAAUUUCACCGUAUAUCAAAAGGUGAAAUAUAUGGUAUCAGAUGCAAUCGAAAGCGCCACUGGCACUUCUCCUUUGAUUUACUACAAUACUCCUGGUAGCCUGCCGACUUUUGCAACUUUGGCUACUUUCAUGAUCGGAGGUAUGGCCGCAGGCUUAGCAGCUGCCCCUCUAGCUUGCCCUUUCGAACUUGCCAAAAAUGUAGUUCAAACUUCGGUUCUUAUGGCCAAUCGGGCGCAAGCCUCUGGCACAGUCAUUGAAAGCUCUUCUCUUCGGGACGUAAAACGUCUAACUACCACCGAGGCCAUCAAGCAGAUUAUAUCUCGCCAUGGUAUCGGCGGUCUCUACACUGGAGUUCGUCUGCAUGCACUACGCGACACCAUCGGCACUGGCAUUUACUUCGCAAUAUAUGAAACCACGAAGCAACUUAUCUCUACUUAUCAAGGAGAUAAAGGAUCUCCGUUCGGUGCCUCAAUGGCCGCUGGAGCGCUUUGUGGUGUGGUUCCUUGGAUAUGCACCUACGGCCUUGAUACGCGGAAGACUCGUGCUCAAAGUGUCUUGCUCGGGAAGUCUAAGGAGACCAAUGAAGCGACGGUUGCUGCUGCAAGGUCAUCUACAUACCGUGGUAUGACUGUCUUGCUAUUUCGCACGUCGAUCCAGAACAUGAUCCUCCUCUCAUCUUUCGAAUAUAUCAAGAUGAAAAUCAACCUCCUUCCCGUAUAUGACGAGAAGGUUUAA